UUGUUCAAGACGAUGAUGUUUAUUCUUGGAAAUGCAUCUAAAAAUCGGUUUAUCUUACGUUUGAGUUAUUUUAAGUAUCAACAAUACAGCCGCAACAAUAGGUGGCGCCAAAUACGUGUAAAACGAGUUUACCCUUAUGAUUAGGACUGAAGCAACCAUUCCGGUUAAAAAUGCUAACAGUCAUAAAAAACUCGUCUAUUUUUUCUCUCUUAGAAGUGGAAUUUUAUUGUAGUCUUGCAAUCUGCUUAUGUUAAUAAAAUGUUGGUAGGCUACAUGGGUCCACAUUGAGCUUUCGUCAUGUUGGUUAAAGUUCAGUAUCAAGGUGUGAAGAAAUUUAUAAAAUUGCUUAACGAUUUUAUAUUCCAACAUUUUCUCAGUGAAGUUAAAAGCAAAUUCGGGCUUGCUAGAACUGCAGUUCUUCAAGUCUUUGAUGACACGGACACCAGUGUGGAGUACGACAUCUUCCAAGAAUUGAUUGAAGCCAGUCCAAAUUUAUGCUUAACUAUAAGAUGUCUGGAAGAAAUUUCUGCUGGCCUGCCUGGGAAAACAUGAUCAUCACAAUCACAGGAUCAUCAACCCCCAGCACUUGCACUGAUACUCUUUCAGUCUCUUCCACUGACCAUGAGGAAAGAGACCCAGCAAUUUCCUUCCUUGUCCAUACAGCUGAUGAAGUUGACGUUAUGCAAAAGAUGAAGGAAACUUUCAAGCAUAGACAAGAACUUGUACACAACUCUGGAAGAUCAGCUGACAUCCUUAAUAUCUUUCCAAGAUUUUUGGAUGCGAAAGGAUUGGUAAAUCAGGACUUUGCUCUGCUGUUCAAUGCCGAAACAUCCAACAAGUUGCUUGAGAGGUGGGAGACGGCAUUCAAGCAUAAGGUCAUCAAUGAAGCCAAAUCUCUUACUUCUACAGCAGAAAUCCUGUGUCUUCUCAGUGCAGCAGAGGGCCAAGGAUCGGAAAAUGACUGGGACAGUGAUAUGUCAUCUAUCCUGCUACUGGUGCAUCUCUUGCCACCUUCUCCAGGGAGGAAGAAGACUAAGAUCAGUCCAACAGAGGCAGUUGAUAGACUUGUGCAUUUUCAUAAGUCUUGCACCAGUAUUGAAACCCAUCUCAGUGAAAGGGAGGGCUGCCAGCUAUACCUACUUGGAUUAGGAAGGUUCAAGGGCAGAAUCGAGAAAUUCUAUGUGGUUGUGUACACAUUAAAGCCAAAACUCUAAGGUUCUACAGACCUUUUGAUUAUUAAAGCCAAUGCUCUAAGGUUCUACAGGCCUUUUGAUCUACAGCGUCCAUAUGGGUCAGACGGUGAAUAUGUUGUUCCUUCAUUUAUGUUGGUUUGACAUGUUUAUUUGUUCAAAAUAAAAGAUCAAACUGAGACAGU